AUGCAGGCCUUCCGCCGUAACACCUUUUCGGCCGUCCGCAAUGUCGCCGGCAAGCGCUCGGUCACCUCUAAGGCCAACUCGCCUUAUGCCGAAACGGUGAACAACCUGCGGAUCAACAAGGACACCCGUGUUCUGUUCCAAGGUUUCACCGGCAAGCAGGGAACUUUCCACGCCGAGCAGGCUAUCGCCUACGCAGGCACUAAUGUCAUCGGUGGUACCAACCCCAAAAAGGCUGGCCAGAUGCACCUUGACCUCCCCGUCUUCGCCAACGUCGCCGAUGCUCGCAAGGAGACCGGUGCUACUGCUUCCGCCAUCUUCGUCCCGUAUGGCUUCGCCGUUCAGAUCGCAUAUUGA